UGUUCAGAGUUAAGCUCUUUCUCGGUGGUUUCCUUGUUUCUACUUUUAAGUUUGUGGCACCACUUGUAAAUUUUCUUUUUCCUCUUGAGGGCCUACAAUUUGACGUGAGAAAGAAGACCAACCGAUUCUACCAAUUCACAUAAGACAAGACUCACCACACCGACACCAAAAAAUAACUAAAAAAGAAAACAAAAAAGAAACCGUGUUGUUUCUCUCGCUCUCUCUCUUCCAUUAUUUCCUUUCCUGCGCAUAUCCCAUCCCUCCUCUUUUCAUCUGUUCCUUCAACUCUCGGGUGAAUAUUGUAUAAUUUUUUUUCAUUUUCUGCUGCGAACUUGUAUCUUUUAUUAAUUUGUAUAACAUGCAAUCUACAUGCAAUCUAUAACAUGCAAUCUAUAUUUUUCUGCUGCGAGUGUCGCCCUGCCCUUCAAGCCCAAAGUGAAGCAGGUUGAUAAUACAAAGAGGGCAUUCAAUGCACCUCCCAUUCCUAUUCUCCUGCCACUACAUCCCCUGAUCUCUGUCAAGAAUGUGGGUGAAACAUAAGCGUAACAUUAAAUGUAACUCAACCAGGGAGAUUGAGAAAGAAGAUCUCAUUCACCAAAAGAUCUUUAUGACCUUCCUCCUUUUAUAAAUACCCAUCACCAACCUUUGGACAAAGGUAAUAACUUCUCUAAUAGAAAAAGACCCCAUUUCCAUUAUCUCCAAUCUAUUGACUUAGAUUCCAAUUGAAACCGUGUGCGGUUUUCUUUGGUCAACACCACCACGCGGACACAGAGUUUUCCAUCUCUCUCUGUCUCUGUCUCUCCCUCUUCCAUUAUUUCCUUUCCUACAUCCCCUCUUUUUUUCAUCUAUUCCUUCCUACAACUUUCGUGGGAAUAGUUCAGUGUGUUUUUUUCUUCAGCAGAGAGUCAACUUUGGAUCUUGUUUUUGGUUGGGUUGGUUCUUUUCCUUCCUGCCAAGUCUCUGGUUUUGCGAUUCUUUUCGUGUUCUGCUGAGCUUAUUGUCCGAGUUUCUAGGGCCUGUUUUUCUUUUCCAAUGGCCUUGAGCACCAAAAGAGCUCGUACUUCAGCUGAAUGGGCUCCUCCACAUUGGAAGCAUGAUGUGUUUUUGAGUUUCAGGGGAGAGGACACUCGCAGGGGUUUUGUAUCUCAUUUAUACGACGAACUGCACAACUGGCAAGGAAUGAAAAUUUUCAAGGACGAUCCAGACCUUGAAAUAGGGGCAUGUAUUUCUCCGGAGCUGUUGACUGCAAUCGAAGAAUCACAUCUUGCCAUCAUUGUUCUCUCGCCAAAUUACGCUUCUUCCACCUGGUGCUUGGAUGAACUUUCAAAGAUUCUUGAAUGCAUGGAAGACACUAAGAGAAUUCUGCCAAUCUUUUAUGACGUGGAUCCUUCCCAUGUACGACACCAAAGAGGGAGUUUUGCGGAAGCCUUAACUAAGCAUGAAAAAAGGUUUAGUGGAGAUGUAGAGAGGGUAAAUUGGUGGAGAGCUGCUUUAAGAAAAGCAGCUAAUCUCUUCGGGUGGGAUUCAAAACAUGAAGAGUUUAGUGGAGAUGUAGAGAAGGUGAAUCGGUGGAGAGCUGCUUUAAGAAAAGUUGCCAAUCUCUCUGGCUUAGAUUCAAAGAAUUAUAAGUGUGAAAGAGAGCUUAUCAAAGUCAUUGUCAAACGUGUGUGGGCCAAAGUGAAUCCUACUACAUUUAGGAGGUUAGAUUCUCAAGAGAAGUUAGUCAGAAUUGAUUUUUCCCUUGAGCAACUACGUUUGCAAUUGGAUCUCGAGGCAAAUGAUGUUCGCUUUGUAGGGAUAUUGGGGAUGGGCGGGGUAGGGAAAACAACCCUUGCUAACCUAGUUUUUGAAAGAAUUUCCCAUAAUUUUGAACUUAGCUCUUUUCUAUCAAAUGUGAGAGAGGUUUCUGCAAAACAUGGUAGUCUUGUUGAUCUACAAAGACAACUUCUUUCCCCAAUCUUAAAGGAAAAUAUUAUCCAAGUUACAGAUGAACGGUCAGGAAUCUUUUUCACUAAAAAAUGUUUAUGCAAUAAAAAGGUUCUUAUCAUCCUUGAUGAUGUGGAUCAAUUAAAACAACUUGAAACACUGGUUGGAGAGAAAAAUUGGUUUGGUUUGGGGAGUAGAAUUGUCAUCACUACUAGAAAUGAACGUCUACUAGUUGAACAUGGUAUAACGAUACCAUAUGAGGUCAAGGCAUUACAUGAUGAUGAAGCUCUUGAGCUAUUCAGUCAAAACGCCUUUAGGAAAAGUCAGCCUGAGGAAGGUUUCCUGGAAUUGUCUAAGUGUUUCCUACAUUAUGCGAAAGGCCUUCCAUUAGCUCUUAAAACUUUGGGGAGUUCUUUGUAUAUGAGAGAUCAAGAUACAUGGAAUAGUGUGUUGUAUAAUCUAAAGAAAAUUCCUGAUCCAGAAAUUUUUGAUUCACUCAAAGUAAGUUAUUAUGGACUAAAAGAGAUGGAGAAGAAAUUUUUUCUCCAUGUUGCAUGUUUCCAUAAGGGGAAGCAUAGAGAGCAAGUAAUUGAAAUACUAGACAGUAACUAUGACAUUUCCAGUCGUAUUGUGAUAGCUAUUCUUAUUGAGAAAUCUCUCAUAACUAUUGUGAAAAAGCGCUCUCCUAGAAACACUGUUCAGAUGCAUGAUUUGAUACAAGAAAUGGCAUGGCAAAUUGUUCGUCAAGAGUCUCUCCAAGAGCCCGGUCAACGCAGUCUUUUGUGGCUCCGCGACGACAUUUCUUUUGUAUUCAUGAACAAUACGGGAACGGGAGCAAUUGAAGCCAUUGUCUUACAUUUUCCUGUAUCAGAAGUGGUGCAUUGGAAUUGUACUGAAGCCUUGUCUGAGAUGUAUGGAUUAAGGCUUCUUGAAUUUGAUAAUGUGAUCAUUUCUUUAGCCCCCAGAGUUCUUCCAAAUUCAUUGAGAAUUAUUCGUUGGAGUUGGUACCCUUCCAAAUCACUCCCAUCAAGUUUUGAACCAUGUUUCCUUGUCGAACUAAAGAUGCAUCAUAGCAAGCUUUUCCGGCUUUGGGAUGGAGCAAAG